AUGACUGAGCCCGUCGAAGUCAGAGAUUCCGCUCAGUCCAAGCCAGUGCAACCCCCAAACAAUCUUGGCCAGGAAGUUGAUACAAAUCCGACACCUGGAAACACCACUACCUCUCCCACAUCAGGACCAGCACGCAAAUACCUGACCUUGAAGCCCCUGAAGAGGCUCGAUCUGCCUCAUCACCCGUCAUAUGAUAAUACUAGUUCAGAUUAUCAUGUCACUCUAGCCGAGUUCCUCGACGAUGUGCUCAACGAGGUACAAGGAAUCAACUUCGAUGAAAAGUUCGAGAAGCGGGGAACCUGGAGCCCCGACAAUGGACAUGUGAUGAUGCCGCCGCUUGAUGCUACGGGAAGCAGCGAUAUGAUUCCCGUUCCAGUCUCUGUCGAGAAGCGCAUCAAAGACUUGAACCAAGCCAGUUGGAUGGCUAGAACCUCUACCCACAGCAACGCUCAUGUCAAGUUCUCAGAAUUGGGAGAUCUUUUGGCCAAAGAUCACAGCCGUAACGAAGCUGCAUAUACCCCGAGUGUUUUCGAUGCGGUUGAGCUACUGAGAUGGGAUCCUGAAGAAGCGUUGAGAGCUGUGAAUCACCACAAGGAGGUUCAUAGCGUGGAAAUGUUCAUAUCGCAAAUGUUCCACAUGAUGCCCAAGGUUGCCGGGCUGAGUCUACUACAAGAUCGCGUAUUUCAUGCGUUAGUAGUCACCAUGAACAAGUACGAAGGAGAACGCCCCUCCGAGCUCGCUUCGUCCUUUACUGUUCAGCUUCCAAUCGAUUAUGCAUCAUUUGGCGAUGUCAAGAUCAUGCAAGAGAGGAGUCGGAUGGAAACGAAAGGAUCUUCGCAACUCUACCGGUUUCCUUCGGACACAGGGUCAGGCGCAACACCUGACGCGAACCAGAAGCAGCGACAGGGAAAGAAGCUGACAGAAGGAACCUACGUCUCGUUGGAGAGGCUGAUUGGCGCAUCGAAAACACGUGUCGAUGAGGAUGCUGCGCAGCAAGCAGAUUCGCCCGAUAGCGACCGUCAUCGUUGGGAUAUGAUGACGUUGAGUACGGCGGGGGGCAUGACGAAAAAGGCACCAAAGGGCAUCCAGCAGAAGGAAACAUUAGAGGCGAUCGCAAUGGACGUGGAGUAUGUUCUGUCGUAUAUCGCGGAUCAAAGACGGAAGAGCAAGACUUGA